AUGGCUGUAAACCAGAUGGAGUUGUCGCAAGUGAUGGCAGCCACGUUGUCCUCUGAUUAUCAUAUUCGGCGACAAGCUGAAGAGAAGCUCACGCAGGCCGAGUCCGCGGGGGGUGUCCUCACAUCGUCAUUGCUACAGCUAGUAGCUAAUGGUAACGAACAACUACCCGUGCGUUUGGCAAGCAGUAUAUACUUCAAGAAUUUCAUCAAAUCUCACUGGCCGGAGUCCCCUGAUGAGAAUGGAGGGAUCUCGGAAGAAAACCGCAACCUUAUAAAAUCACAUCUCGUUGAUCUGAUGCUCUCUGUACCAGCACCUCUCAUGGCCCAGCUUCGAGAGAGUAUCAAAAUCAUCAGCGAUCUUGAUUUCCCUGCUGGCUGGCCUACGCUGCUGCCCACUCUUGUACAGCGGUUGACCAGUAGUGGAGACCUCAAUGACGGUGUUCAGUUCGGAGCCUUAGAGACUGCAGCUACUGUGUUCGAUAAGUACCGAUACUUAGUGAGAUCCAACGAGGUACUCAGGGAGCUACAGUAUAUCUUAAAGGAGUUUCAGGAGGUUCAUCUAGCUCUCUACAGGCAGACAAUGCAAGAGAUAUUCUCGCCUGCACUUAAGGACGCAAGUCAAGCUGCAAAGGCCUCGAAGUUAGCCAAACUCCUCGUUGUGGAGCUUGAAAUAUUUUACGAUCUCAAUGUUGUCGACAUUCCGGAGUAUUACGAAGACAACUCUGCUACUUGGUUCGAAGGAUUUCUGCGCUUACUGGAAUGGCAGGAUGCCCCAGCUGCCCUCAAAGCAGUAGACGAGGAUACUCCUGGAGCCAUCGAGAACCUCAAAGCCCAAGUGUGCAGGAAUGUUGCUCUAUAUGCCGAUAAGUACCAGGAGCAAGUGGAACCGUAUAUCUGUGGCGUAGUGAAGUCGGUGUGGACCUUGCUAGUUUCAACGAGUCCUAAUGGGAGUAACGACCAGCUGGUAUCAGCAGGUAUAAAACUGCUCUCAAGUGCGGCUAGUACCAAAUGGGAUAAAAGUCCCUUUGAGGAGGCGAAUUCCCUUCAAGCUAUCUGUGAACACGUUGUUCUCCCUAAUAUCAAGCUUAGAGACUCUGAUGUUGAAGACUUCUUCGACAAUCCUACAGAAUAUAUAAGAAGGGACAUGGAGAGUGCAGAUCAAGAUACCCGUCGUCGAGCGGCAAUGGAGUUAGUGAAGGGACUUAGCAAGUUGUAUGAGCAGCAGGUGACGGAUAUCCUGGUCCGGUACGUCCAAAUGCUGUUGCAAUCGGUCGGAUCUUCAUCAACGGAGGAUGCCUGGAGAGCUAGGGAUGCUUGUGUGUACUUGAUUAUUGCAACUGCGGCUAAGGCCCAAACGAGGAGUAAAGGAGUCUCGAUAGUGAACUCAGCUGUGGAUGUACCAGCCUUCUUUGAACAGCAGUUGAUGCCUGAGCUCUCGCAAGCAAUACCAUCGGAUAGGGAGCCCAGUCGGGCAGUCUUCAGAGCUAGCAUCCUCAAAUAUAUAGCAGUAUUCCGACACCACCUUCCCAUUGAACAACUUAAUCGAGCCCUACCGCUUGUUGCGAACCAUAUCCGAACACCCGUGACUGUACUCCAUACAUAUGCUGCACACUGCUUAACUGUACUACUCCUGCUCAAAGGACCUAAUAAGCAACAUAAAAUACCACUGGAACUGCUCAAACAGAAUAUACUACCAACGGUCGGACCUUGUCUUCAAAUAUUGGCUACAGAUAACACACGGUCUGCAUAUGAGAUGAAGCUUGUUAUGCGUAAGGGAUGCUAUCUCAUUUGCUACUUAUGUGUCGAGCUUAUGACUCACAUACUGCGUGCGGUGGCCGCAAAUCCUAGUGAUGCCGUUUUCAAUCACUAUCUCUUUGAAGCCAUUGCUUCUAUUGUGCGUACUGUGCUACAAUUCGCUCCUGCCCAACAUGGCGAGGUGGAGUCGGCGUUGUUACCGGUCAUCAGCUCUAUCCUGGAACAGAAUGUGGCGGACUUCAUUCCGUAUUGCUUUCAAAUACUCGGAUUGCUUCUGGACUCUGGAGACAGCUCCACGUCAGCGGCAGGUCCACAGAUAUACGGUGCCCUGUUCGACCGGUUGCUGACCGAUAGUCUGUGGAGGACUGCUGCUAACGUACCGGGCUUGGUGAGGCUCUUCAGCUCGUACUUCAAGAAGAAUGCCCAGUUUGGUGAGCAAAUAACACGUAACAUGCAGACAAUCCUCCAACGCUUCCAAUAUGUCCUCAACCAUCGGAAGAUCGAGAUGCAGGCGUUUGAGCUCAUUGUAUCAAUGUUCCGAUACCUACCGCUUGCUGCCUAUAAAGAUUCCUUGGCCGGUAUAUUGACCGUGUUUUUGACGAAGUUGCAGAAGAAAAACACGGCUGCUCUAACCAGGAAAUUCGCGAUAACUCUGAGUGUGUUCGUAUACUGUGUUCCAGAUGGUCCUAAGGCAUUGCUUACAACCCUGGAACAGAUACAAGCUGGACUAUCUGUUAUGGUUGUGAAGUCAUUGUGGAUGUCAGCAUUCAAGGGGAAUAUGGGUGGCAAAGAGAACAAGAAGGUUUGCCUACUUUCUGCGGCUAAAUUCGUGAGUGACCCUACCGUCCAGAGCAAUGGAGAGAUAAUGCAUGCCGUUCUAAUGGGAAUAUCUGAACUGCUGGGUUUGAACGAGAGAGAGCAACAGCCAGGGAAUUCAUUGCUUAACCCUAAGCUUAAUGAUGAGGAUGAUGAUUAUGAAGAUGACGAUGCCGAAGAUCGAGAUUACCUUUGCACGCCUUCACUCGACCGAGAUGCCCGGCCAUGCUGACUAUGCCCCAUCAGUAACCGACGUCCCGGGUAGUGUUAAACAAGCCUUGCGUGGCAUCGAUGGCCGGUUCCUCGCCAAUCCACCACAAGAGCUGGCGCGUCUCAGCACAUGGGUGAGGACCUAAGUAUCAGAGCUCGUGUUUGCAACGAUAUAGUGGAAUUUUCACCGUCUGA